CACGAUGUUUUCUUCGCGUAUUAUCCGGGUCGCUUCUUGAAAUCUCUUCGUCUUCUCCUUUAUUCCAUUUCUCUAUUUUAAUCUUUAGUCUCUGCAGUUCUACUGUGCAGAAACUAGAUCAGAUCCAUUUCUUCACUUCCCUUCUGGACCGAUAGCGAUCUCUUGUUUUUAGUUCACUUCGUUGUCUCAGUUCCUCUCUCGUGAAAAUCUACUGUCUUUCAAGCUAUGAUCUUUGCUUGAUUGAUGAUCUAUCCCGGAGCUAGAUUGAUCGUUGAAGUUUAAUUCGGUUUAAAAAAAAAAAAAAAUCGGAUCUUGAGCUUUUUCUACUAGUUCAAGUGAUUUGAGAUAGUUUCUGCAGUGAGUUGCAGAGUUUACUAAUGGCGCAAAUUCUUCUUCAUGGGACACUUCAUGCUACGAUCUUCGAGAUUGAUAGGCUGCACGGAGGAGGUGGUCCUAAGAUCUUCCGGAAGCUUAUGGAGGGAAUUGAGGACACUAUUGGUCUAGGAAAAGGGAUCAGCAAACUGUAUGCAACAGUUGAUCUAGAAAAAGCUAGAGUUGGCCGAACCAGAAUGCUGGAAAAAGAACCUGUUAAUCCCAGGUGGUACGAGUCUUUUCAUAUUUACUGCGCCCAUAUGGCCUCUAAUAUUAUCUUCACUGUCAAAGAUGAAAAGCCCAUUGGGGCAGCAGUAGUUGGAAGAGCUUACGUACCUGUGGAGGAAGUCUUAAAUGGGGAAGAAGUAGAUAGAUGGGUCGAAAUCUUGGAUAACGACCACAAUCCUAUACAUGGAGGCCCAAAGAUACAUGUGAAGCUGCAGUUUUUCGAUAUUACUAAAGAUCGUAACUGGGCUAGGGGUGUCAGAAGUGUGAAAUUCCCUGGGGUCCCUUACACAUUCUUCUCACAUAGACAGGGAUGCAAAGUUUCUCUGUACCAAGAUUCCCAUAUCCCAGACGACUUUAUCCCAAAAAUACCUCUUUCUGGAGGCAACUACUAUGAGCCCCAUAGAUGCUGGGAGGAUAUAUUUGAUGCAAUCACCAAUGCUAAACACUUGAUUUACAUAACUGGGUGGUCUGUGUACACCGAGAUAACCUUGGUGAGGGACUCAAGAAGGCCAAAGCCUGGAGGAGAUAUUACCCUGGGUGAGCUUCUCAAGAAGAAGGCUAGUGAAGGUGUCAGGGUCCUUAUGCUUGUUUGGGAUGAUAGGACAUCUGUUGGUUUGCUAAAGAAGGAUGGGUUGAUGGCCACCCAUGACGAAGAAACUGGUAAUUUCUUCCAUGACACUGACGUCCACUGUGUCUUGUGCCCUCGUAAUCCUGAUGAUGGGGGGAGCAUUGUUCAAGACUUGGAGAUUUCAACAAUGUUCACUCAUCAUCAGAAGAUUGUGGUGGUGGAUAGUGCAUUGCCCAGUGGUGGGUCGGAUAAGAGGCGCAUUGUGAGUUUUGUUGGUGGUAUAGAUCUUUGUGAUGGGAGGUAUGAUACACCCUUCCAUUCACUUUUCAGAACCUUGGAUACAGCCCACCAUGAUGAUUUCCAUCAGCCCAACUUCACUGGUGCUUCAAUCAAUAAAGGUGGACCUAGGGAGCCUUGGCAUGAUAUUCAUUCCCGGCUAGAAGGACCUAUAGCUUGGGAUGUACUGUACAAUUUUGAGCAGAGGUGGAGGAAGCAAGGGGGGAAGGACUUACUUGUUCAGCUCAGGGACCUUGGUGACAUCAUUAUACCACCAUCUCCUGUUACGUUCCCAGAAGACCAUGAAACAUGGAAUGUCCAGUUAUUCCGAUCCAUUGACGGUGGUGCUGCCUUUGGCUUCCCUGAGACACCAGAGGAUGCAGCCCGGGCUGGGCUUGUCAGUGGGAAGGACAACAUCAUUGAUCGAAGUAUUCAGGAUGCUUAUAUAAAUGCCAUUAGACGAGCAAAGAAUUUCAUUUACAUUGAAAAUCAAUAUUUCCUUGGAAGCUCAUUCGGUUGGAAGGCAGAUGACAUCAAGGUUGAGGAUAUUGGUGCUUUGCAUCUUAUUCCAAAGGAACUCUCACUUAAGAUUGUCAGUAAGAUUGAAGCAGGGGAGAGGUUUACUGUCUAUGUUGUGGUCCCUAUGUGGCCAGAAGGGAUUCCAGAGAGUGGAUCAGUUCAAGCAAUAUUAGAUUGGCAGAGGAGGACAAUGGAAAUGAUGUACACUGAUAUAACUCAGGCCCUUAGCGCUAAGGGGAUCGAGGCAAACCCCAAGGACUAUUUGACAUUCUUUUGCCUUGGGAAUCGAGAGAUGAAGAAGGGUGGUGAAUAUGAACCUUCGGAACAACCAGAGCCAGAUUCAGAUUAUAGCAGAGCCCAGCAAGCACGGCGUUUCAUGAUAUAUGUUCAUGCUAAGAUGAUGAUAGUUGACGAUGAAUACAUAAUCGUUGGUUCUGCCAAUAUCAACCAGAGGUCAAUGGAUGGUGCUAGGGACUCUGAGAUAGCUAUGGGAGCCUACCAACCAUAUCAUCUAGCCAAUAGGGAACCCGCCAGGGGUCAGAUCCAUGGCUUCCGGAUGGCUUUAUGGUACGAGCAUCUUGGCAUGCUUGAUGAUUCAUUCGACCAGCCUGAGAGUGUGCAAUGCGUGCAGAAGGUAAACAAGAUUGCUGAGAAGUAUUGGGAUAUUUACUCCAGUGAUUCUCUGGAUCGCGACCUGCCAGGUCACCUUCUCUGCUACCCAGUUGCAGUAGCAAGUGACGGGACCAUCACAGAAUUUCCAGGGAUGGAACACUUCCCCGACACCAAGGCUCGCAUUCUUGGUGCCAAAUCUGACUAUCUUCCUCCAAUCCUCACUACGUAAAUGGGAUCGUCUACUUAAAGAAUCAUUAUCUUUUAUCUUCCUUUAUCACCGCAGACGCAGUAUAGUGGCAAUAAGUAACAUAUGCAUUGUAAUUUUCAAAUACUGUCUUUAUAGGUAUGCAACUUGUGAAAGGUGUUCAUGUCAGGUCUUUCAGAGUUUGGGUUUGUAUUUUGUGAUUCUGGUACUGACUUGUUACUAUCCUUUGUGGAGUUUUGUUUGUUCUACCCUUUUGUUGCUAUAUUAGUAUUGCUGGUACUUCAAAGAAA